AUGUCCUUGGUGCAACUUUACGUUCCGACUGAAGUUGCUAGAGAUGUUAUCCACAAGGUUGGUUCCCUUAACCUUGUUCAAUUUAGAGAUUUGAACAAAGGGGUCAACGAAUUCCAGAGAGCCUUUGUUCAGGAAUUGAGGAAGCUUGAUAAUGUGGAAAGACAAUACACUUAUUUAAAGGCAGAGUUGGAUAAGAGGGGAAUCCCUAGCAAAAUUUAUCCAUAUGAUCAAGCAUCAAAUUGUCCACAAUCUGAUAUUGAUAUGUAUGCUGAAUCAGCUAACUUUUUGGAGUCCAGGGUUGUCGAGUUGACGGACUCUUGCGAGACAUUGUAUAAAAAGCAAAAGGAGUUGAAGCAGUUUAAGUACACCGUGGAUGCAGUGGAGAACUUUUUUUCUGCAAACUCUGCGCCUGGUCAUGAUACCAUUGGUAGCGAUGCCCUUUUGUCUGAAUUAGAAACUGGAGGAACCGAGUUUCAUGCUGAGUUUCUUUCAGGUGUCAUUGAUAGGCGUAAGGUGUUCACGUUGCAACAAAUCUUGUGGAGAACUUUGAGAGGAAAUUUGUUCUACUACACAGAGGAGUUGCCUGAAAAGAUAUAUGACGCCAAAUCAAACUCUUAUGUUGAAAAGAAUGCGUUCAUUAUCUUCUCCCACGGCUCUUUGAUUUACCAGAGAAUCAAAAAGAUCGCCGAAUCUUUAGAUGCAGAUUUGUACAAAGUGGACUCAACUUCAGACUUGAGAAGCGAACAAGUUAAAGGCUUACAAUCUGAUUUAAAUGAUCUCAAAACUGUUUUAGACGAGACUGAAAAUGCUUUGAACUCUGAGUUGGUUGUUAUUUCUAGAGACUUGAGUAAAUGGUGGAGAGAAAUUGCGAGGGAGAAGGCUGUCUACAAGACGAUGAACCUUUGCGACUACGAUAACUCUAGAAAGACCUUGAUUGCUGAAGGUUGGAUUCCUACUGAUGAGAUUGAUGACUUGAGCUCACAAGUCAAAUCUUUGAGCGCAAGCGAUACCGUUCCUACAAUUGUGAAUAUCUUAGAGACUACUAAGACCCCUCCUACUUUCCAUCGUACCAACAAGUUUACUGCCGCUUUCCAAAGUAUUUGUGACACCUACGGUGUUGCCAGCUACAGAGAAAUCAACCCUGGUUUGCCAACCAUCAUAACAUUCCCCUUUAUGUUUGCUAUCAUGUUUGGUGAUUUGGGACAUGGUUUCAUUAUGUUUUUGGCGGCGUUGGUGCUAGUUCUCAAGGAAAAGAAAAUCCAGGCGAUGAAGAGGGAUGAAAUCUUCGACAUGGCUUUCUCUGGGCGUUAUAUCUUAUUGUUGAUGGGUCUCUUCUCCAUGUACACAGGCUUUUUGUACAAUGAUGUGUUCUCUAAGUCUAUGGAUUUUUUCAAAUCUGGUUGGGAAUGGCCAGAGACAUUUCAACCGGGAGAAACUAUCCACGCCACCAAGGUUGGUGUGUAUCCAAUUGGUUUGGACCCAGCUUGGCACGGUGCGGAAAAUGGAUUGUUAUUCUCCAACUCCUACAAGAUGAAGUUAUCUGUGUUGAUGGGUUACUUGCAUAUGACCUACUCGUACUUCUUUUCGUUAGCUAACGCCAUUUUCUUCAACAGCCCAAUCGAUAUUAUCGGUAAUUUCAUUCCUGGUUUGUUGUUUAUGCAGGGCAUUUUUGGAUAUUUGUCCUUGUGUAUCGUCUACAAAUGGACAGUCAAUUGGUUUGCUGUGGGAAAACAACCUCCAGGUUUGUUGAACAUGUUAAUUUCUAUGUUCUUGGCUCCAGGUGAAGUUGCUGAACCAUUGUACAAUGGCCAGGCCACUGUCCAAUUGUAUCUUGUUGUGGUGGCGUUGAUUUGUGUUCCAUGGUUAAUUCUUGUCAAGCCGCUUUAUUUGAAGAGACAAAUUGACAGAGCUGCUAAGGAACACUCUUAUGAGAGGUUGACAGAGAGUGAGAGUCCGCAAACCAUUACAGAAGAUGAAGAAGAGCAUGGAAAUGAGGAAGACGACGAAGAAGCGCAUGAUGACCAUAACUUUGGCGAUAUUAUGAUUCAUCAAAUCAUUCAUACAAUUGAAUUCUGUUUGAACUGUGUGUCCCACACUGCGUCCUACUUAAGAUUGUGGGCUUUGUCUUUUGGCCCACGCUCAAUUGUCAACAGUCUUGUGGACAAUGACCAUUAG